CUAAGGAUUAUUAUUAAAGCAAACAAAAACAAAGAUUAUGGAUUUAUCUAUGUAUGGCGAAAAUUUGAAUUUCAGCAGUUCUGAUGAAAUAAGCUCUGAUGAAGAAAGCGGAAAUAUAAAAGAAGUCUAUGAACAAAGUUUGAGUAUCAUUGAAAAUAAUUGUUUACCUACACGUGAUAUUGUUUAUGAAAUGAUUGCAAAAAAUCAUAAUGUUCUAUGGGAAGAUUAUGCCAUUCAGUAUUCAGGCAUACCUCAUAUGGUUGUUGGUCACAAAAUUUUAGAUUGUCAUCAUGGUUUUGAUAGGAAUAUUUCAGCGAAAAAUAGUUAUAAAAAAAAUGCUAAGAUGGAUGAUCACAGCUUUCAGAAAAAUUAUGUGAUUCUGCAAGAUACAAAAAAGUUUAUGUGUCCUGCAAAGAUAGUUAUGAGAGAAAUAUUACAAUUUCCUGAUUUCAAGAUACCUAAGCAUUCAGCUUGGCACAAAAAAAAAGCAUCAAAACUAUUGAAAGAAAAAUUAAAAUUGUUAUGUUUAAAUGAAGUACCUUAUAUUCGGAAAGUUGUUGUAGCUAUUGAUGAUUUAUCAUGUCAUGAUAAACACCCUAUUGGAAAGGUAGAACUAAUUUCUUAAAUAAUCGAUCCUCAUAUUUCAAAAAAGAUUGAAGAAUAUGUUAUAGAAGGAAUAUACAAUAUAAGGGAAAUGAAGCACC